GCUGUAGUCAGCGGCCGUACCACAGCCUACAGACGUUUCUCAAACAAUACAGAAGAAAACGAAGACAUUUAAUUUAUUAUUUGUCUGUGGGGAGAGAAAAGCGGCGUGGCUAACGCUCCGUUAGCCAGGCGGUGCUAGCCAGCUCAAGUAGCUGUUGCCGGGGUAACCGCGGCUAACGUUAGCUAACGCUAGCUACGCGUAUUCUGCCCUAAUGUGGCGCCAGUGGAGCUCAAAUGGACUCCAGGUACCGCAGAACCAACCGGACACGGAGCGGUGUGAUCCAUUUCUCUCUUUCGCCACGCGAUCAAGAGCAGUACACCGUCAUUGGGAGAGCAGCUCUCGGCCUCCAGCACUCAGCCUGUAUGAUGAUGCGUUUUGGCACAAAGUCCUCCAAAGUCCCAGCUGUGAUCCAUUAAAUGAGCUCUUCGCUGCACCUGCUGAGCAGGUGUGUGGUCACUCUGGAAGCGGCUGCCUGGAGAAGCUGCCCUCUCCAGCAACGCUGAUGAGAAAGAAGAGGAAGAAAAGAGGCGGAGAUGCAGAGAGACACACCCCCGUGGUUAAACAGCAUAUAAGAGAGCUGAGAAAAAAACAAAGCAUUAUAGAUGAGUUGAUGGGGGAGAAGAGGUGGGGCAGCUCGGUCAGUUGGCGGUCCGAGGGGAGGUGUGAACGUGCUGAAGAAGAGCAGGACGUCAUCCCGCAGGACGACCACCAUCACUCACUACUCACUGACAGCCCCAUCAGCCGGGAGAAUGUGUUCAGUGGCUAUCGGCAGCUGCUUGACCUCGCUCCUGGAGGAAAUCCAAUGAUGUCCUUCGCUGGAACGGCGCACAGAGAAGUUCGGAGGAACUGGGAGCAGCCUGGCAUGUCCAAUGCUGAAUUCUGGGGGUUUGGCUACAAUAUUGAGGAAUAACAGUGGUUUACAAGUACUGUCCACUUUAUUAGAAACCCCAACCUUGUACAGCUGCUGUUGACCUGAUCAUUUUUGGGUGGAGGUCCACUCUCAGCUCAGCGUAGCAGUUUUUGCUGAGGGUUUUACACGUCAAGGGUUGAUAACAGACCACCGCCCAAAAGUAUCUAGGCAGGAGUGGCCCUGUGGUCAGAAACUGACCACUGGUGAAGGGCACAAAGUCUACAUCAGCAGGUGAGCUGCAGUAGGUGAAGGGAGUGGUUUCUAAUAAAGUGACUGUUUAACUCUUUAACGUUUUACUUUCUAAGUUGCACUGAAAUAUUUUACCAUUUUGACGUUGAUAAAUGUUAACAAACAUUUUAUUGAUGUAUUUGCGACUCACACAGUGAUAUUAACUCUGAUAUGAACUAAUAUUAACUGAUAUUUUUGCCUGUAUAAUACCUCAACUACACAUUUAUCUGUUAUAUUUGGCUAAAUUUAAGCUGCAAGAAUGAUUGCGGCUUGUUGUUUGUUAUAUUUUUUGUGUUUACAGAUGAUGUUCAGUAUUUUAUAUUUUCUAAAACCUUACAGUUUUGGCUCGGUUUGCAUGUACAACAAAUUUUAAAACUGCAUUCCUCAAUCUCUUUAAAAAGAUUUAAGUCUCUGCUUUGGCAGUAAAAAAACACAAAAUUCAGUAAAUAAAAAAAUGAA